UAGCAGUAAAAUAUCGAUACUAUCGAUGGUGCCCUCUUUGGUUUGACACUUCUAUAUCCCACAAACACCAGAAAAUGUCCUCCGCCAUGUACUUGGAGAACUAUCUGGAUGGACUGGAGAGUCUGCCCACCGAACUGGAGCGGAACUUCAAGCUGAUGCGAAAGUUGGACGAUCGCGCCCAAACGGCAAUGAAGAGCAUUGACAGCCAUGCGAAGGACUUUAUGCGCAAGCUGGCCGAGAGCGGUGCCCUGGGCGAGGAGGAGCGUAAAGAGCGUUUGGAGGAUAUCAAGGCGCUCUUCGGCAAGGCCAAGGAAUACAGCGACGACAAAGUGCAGCUGGCCAUACAGACGUACGAGCUGGUCGACAAGCAGAUCCGCCGUCUCGACAAUGAUUUGGCGCGAUUCGAGGGCGAGAUCCAAGAGAAGGCCUCGUCGACGCGCGCCAAAUCCGAGGAAGCUGUGGCCAAAAAGGGUCGAAAGAAAGCAAAGGACGGCAAGGUGACGGGGAAAAAGAAAAAGUCUGCCUCCUCGGAUGAGGAAACUGGGCGCGGCGGCAGCACCCAAACCAAUGCCAAUGUCAGCCUCAACUCCAGCAGCAAUGCUGGAGGCCAAGGUACCAAAAAGAAAAAGUCAAAGGUAAAUCAAGAAAAAGAAACACGCAAGGGGGGCGCACAAAAGAAAGUCGUCGAAGCGGAUGACUCGGAGAAGGACUCCUGCCACACGGCCGCCACACAUCCGAGCGAUGUCAUGGACAUGCCAGUGGACCCCAAUGAACCAACGUACUGCCUAUGCCACCAGGUCUCCUAUGGCGAGAUGAUUGGCUGCGAUAAUCCCGAUUGUCCCAUCGAAUGGUUCCACUUUGCCUGCGUCGGUCUCACCACGAAGCCCAAGGGCAAGUGGUUCUGCCCCAAGUGUACGCAGGACCGAAAAAAGAAAUAGAACAAUUCGCUGAUAGUAACAUACUUAGUCGCUAGCUAGUUUAAGUACACGUACAAUUUUAAAUAAAGGUCUACCUCCCAAUGUGGAACAUCAAUCUGA